UGAAGUCUGCCCAGCAAUUCUGAAGCCUGUGGAUGGUAUCCUCCGAGUGAGUGCCAGCAUUCUGCCCCAUGAAAUGAUGAUACACCGAUCUAGUCCGUUGAGAAUGAUGUCGAUUUCCCAGCCGAAUCGCCUUGCGACUGAAAUGACUCACAUUUGGCCCGAGGGCCUCGCCCAGCACAGAACAGUCGAAGGGACAUGAUCCUACGUCUCGUUCAGACCGCAAUGAGCAUUAAUGUGUCUCCAUAACCUCCCAUCUAUAGGAGAGCCUCAACACGCCAGAUUGACAAAUUGCUGCUAAUGGCGGGAAUCGACCACCUAAGGGAUGCAGCUUUGAGCCUGCCUUCGGACUUGGUAUGCCACUUGAGAGGAGUCGCGGAAAAGCACCUCAAAGACAUUGAUGAAGAAAGAUUACAAGAAGAAAAGGACGAAUUGAAGAGAACACAAGAUCUCGAGCACUAUGGAAAGCACAAGAAGCAGGGGAAGCAAGGGACAACCAUGACGUCCAUCGGGGUGCCAGUGCCAAAGAUGAGACCAGCCCAAGAUGUCCUAAAGCGACUCCAAUGGGAUACUGAUCUUGACGUGUCAAAAUAUGUCAUUGGAUAUUUAGAACGAUUCGCUGGUAUUAAAGAGCUUCCCGCAACGAAAUGGAUAUCUGAAUUUACCGAGGAGGAAUGGAUCCCCCAACAUCGUAUCAAAUACUUCAAACGACUCUGUGAGAACGGGGAGGAAGAGAUUGUCUGGGACCGUGAGAAGCGGAUUGACAAGAUCUUCGGCAGUGGCUUGAGGGUGAGCGGUCCGGAGGACGAUGAGAAGAUGGACAUUCGUUCCGAAGAUGGCGGUGUCAACCUCCUUCCACAAUAGCCGAACAACUGAAUUUGGAUUUGCAUUCCAGAGUGGAAGUGCGUAUACUCUGAGCGGCGCAAGAGGAAACCCGACUUCAUAUACUACCAGCCUUGGGUUUCGUGGCGGAGGACAACGGAGAAGUAGAGACCAUGAAUCGGCGAAUGAGUCUCAGGCAUCGCUCCAACAAUAUGUAGCAACCUACGGCAUGUGCCUCUCGUGCAGUGGUGGAGUAGGUCAUUCCGGGGGGGAAUGGUCUGGCGGGCAAAGAAGAUGCGAAUGCAAGCAAGAGGCUGCGCAGGAGGAGGCAUGGCGUCUUGGCGUCUUUGCUGGAGUCUUGCGUGAGUGACUAAAAGCUUCACCGUAGUCUGCACUACCUCGAAGUAUGUGACACUGAACCGUUAUUCACUUUUUUUUUGGACUGCGGCACAUCAAUUGUUCUUCGCUG